UACACUCUAUGGCACGCCACUGGCUCCUCCUAUUAGCAGCGGCCAUUCUCGCCGCCGCAGUAAUCGCCGCCAGCGGUUGCUCACCGUCAGAUAGGGAGGCGCUUCUUGGCUUCCGGCAGGCGCUUAACGAGCCCUACCUCGGUCUGUUCAACUCGUGGACGGGCUCCAACUGCUGCCUCAACUGGUACGGCGUCAGCUGCGAUGCCGCCACUGGCCGCGUCACCGACGUCAACCUCCGCGGCGAGUCGGAGGACCCAAUCUUCGAGAAAGCCGGCCGCUCCGGCUACAUGACCGGAAAACUCUCGCCGGCAAUAUGCGGCAUCGACACCCUCACCACCCUCGUCGUCGCCGACUGGAAGGACAUCUCCGGCGAGAUCCCCGCCUGCAUCACCUCUCUCUCCUCCCUCCGCAUCCUCGACCUCAUCGGAAACAGAUUCUCCGGCGAGAUCCCCUCCGAAAUCGGCAGACUCAACCGCCUCACCGUCCUCAACCUCGCCGACAACACCCUCGCCGGAAAAAUUCCACCUUCAAUCACCGAACUCACCUCACUCAAACACCUCGACCUCAGCAACAACCUUCUCACCGGCGAGAUUCCCAAGAAUUUCGGCAACCUUGCAAUGCUGAGCCGAGCGCUGCUGAACCGGAACCAAUUAACCGGUUCCAUACCGGUUUCAAUUUCCAAGAUUUACCGGCUGGCGGACUUGGACCUGUCCGUGAACCGCUUGACCGGUUCGGUUCCGUAUGAGCUCGGAAAAAUGCCGGUUCUUUCCGUGCUUAAUCUCGACAGUAACUCAUUAAAGGGUUUAAUACCCGAGAGUUUGUUAAGUAACGGGGGAAUGGGUAUUUUGAACCUGAGCAGAAAUGGGUUUGAAGGAUCCAUACCCGAUGUUUUCGGGUCACACUCGUAUUUCAUGGCUUUGGAUUUGUCUUACAACAAUUUAAAGGGUCGGGUACCCACGUCGUUGGCAUCCGCUAAGUAUAUCGGGCAUUUGGAUCUGAGUCAUAACCAUCUGUGCGGAUCCAUUCCUGUCGGGGAACCCUUCGAUCACCUGGAAGCGUCAUCGUUUGGAUUCAACGACUGCUUGUGCGGAAACCCGUUGAAGACUUGCUAGUUAUCGUGGGUGACCCGAAUAAGUACCCGAUUCGAUUAUAAUGAAAUGAUGAAAGCAAGGUGUAAUAUAAUAUCGUAGUGAGAAAGAUGAAAAGGACAAAAAGAAAAGGAAGUGAUUGAGAUCACGUGCACUACAGAACAAGGGAUUUUAUUACUGUUUAUGAAGUUUAUUGUUAAAGUUAAAAGUACGUAGUUUUUGUUUUGUGAUGGUAGAUCCAUGAAAAUGUGAGAAGAGAACAUUAUUAAUGGAGGCACAUGCUCCUGUUCUUAUCUCUUGCAUCUAUGCAUUAACUACAAUGCCAUCCCUGUUCUCGCAUUCA